UGAUGGCGUUUGAAUGGUUGCUGGUAUCUGGAAAGAGAAUUUCAAGGUCCAGAUAACAAGGAUCGUCUUCGCAUUGACAUUCGAUAGAAUCCUCUGCCACUCACAUCUACAGCCACUAUUUCUGCUGGGAAUCUACAAAAUGUGUCUUGCCAUCAAAAAUCCUAAUGGACAGGAAGAGUAUAAAAGAAGAAAAUCGUCCCCAGUGCGGUGAAAGAAAAGAUCUUCGCGAGUCAAAAUAAACGGUUGCGGUUAUUUCCAACGUGGGAUUCACCGAUCGGUAUAUACGAGGGGCAAAUUUUAUUAACCGUGAGAGAUGUAAGAUCGCAAUAGGAAAUUGUACUAUUUAAAAAUGAAACUGUCGCAACACGUAUUUCGGGAGUGUUCGUAUUUUCUAAAAUUAUUUGUACUAAUAAAAGUAUUUUUUUGCCCACCUAGAACCCUUUAUUUUCGGGAGUGUUCGUUCUUUUUAAAAUCGCGUUCGUUUAUAGUAAAAAAGUAUUAUUUUGUUCCCCCCCCACUAAAUCCUUAGUUCCGGGAGUUUUUUAUUUUUUAAAAUCGCGAACGUUUAUACAAAGUAUUUUUUGCCCACCUGAAACCCUAUUUUCGGGAGUGUUCGUUCUUUUUAAAAUCGCGAUCGUUAAAAAAGUAUUUUUGUCCCAAAACCCUAAUUUCGGGAGUGUUCGUAUUUUUUGAAACUGCAAUCGUUUUUAGUAAUUUUAGUAUUUUUUAUCAGUUCAAAUUUCAGUUUCGGGAGUGUUCGUAUUUUUUUUUUUAAAUCGCGAGUGUUUUUAGAUACAAUCAAAUGGAAAGUAGAAGCUUCGCCGAUAUGGAGAUCGAGUACACACGAUGCCGCAGACUCUUACAAGCGGGGUCCCGGUGGUUGGUCAUCGGGAUCCUUGGUUUCCGUCCGUUAAGUGCUCAAAAUGAGCCUACAGAGGAUUCUACCGAUGUGGUGCUUCCUCGUACUCGUGGAGUGCUCCCAAUUACAUAGAAACAAUAGCGAUGAAGAUGGUUCUAAAUUAAUUCGAAUCGUUGGCGAUGUUAUUUUUGGAGGAAUUUUUCCAAUGCACGAACAUCAGGUUACCAAUGUGAAUGUAGAAUCACCAUGCGGUGCUGUGAAAGAGGAAAAGGGUGUUCAACGAUUGGAAGCAAUGUUGUAUGCGUUGGACCUAAUUAACAGUGACAACGAACUUCUCCCAAAUACCACCCUGGGUGCCUUGAUCCUGGAUUCUUGCAGUAGUGACACACAUGCUCUCGACCAAAGCAUGGAAUUCGUCAGAUCUUACAUGAAUCAAGACAUAUCGGAGUACAAAUGCGAGAGUGGAAAAUCUCCCCUGUAUGUUCCACAUAAGCCAGUGACUGGUGUUAUUGGAGCUUCUUUUAGUGGGGUUUCCAUUAUGGUCGCCAAUAUUCUCAGACUGUUCAAGAUACCACAAGUCAGCUAUGCAUCAACGAGUACUGAACUCUCGGAUAAGAGUCGUUUCGAGUAUUUUAGCAGAGUCGUUCCUCCUGAUAAUUUUCAAGCUCAAGCAAUCGUUGAGGUGGUGCACGAACUCGGCUGGAAGUACGUCUCUACUGUUGCAGUGGAGGGUGAUUAUGGGGAGAAGGGUAUUGCCAGCUUUAUCGCCCUUGCAGCCAUAUAUAAUAUUUGUGUAGCGGUCAGUGAGAAGAUCCUGAGAAACGCAAAGACCGAAGAUUUUGAGAGGAUUGUGGAUCGGCUCAGCUCUAAACCCAAUGCUCGUGCUGUUGUUCUUUUUGUCGAUGAAGAUAAUAUAAGAAAAUUGUUGUACGCUACAAUAAAGGCCAAUCGGACAGGUCAUUUUAUGUGGAUUGGCAGUGAUUCCUGGGGAGCUAAAGCACAUCCUGUCAAAGAACAAGAAUUCGCCGCUGAAGGAGCAAUCACUAUCUUGCCUUUUAAAAAUUCCCUCGAAGGUUUCGACAAGUACUACAACAGUCUGCGUCCACGAAUGAAUGACGAAUGUGGAAACCAAGCUGAACAAAAUGUGGAGCAUCCAACUUUGCCGGGAAAAAUAGUUAAUUGUCGAAAUCUUUGGUUCCGUGAAUUUUGGCAACAGCAUCAUCGUUGUACAUUUGGACCGAAAAAAGAUGGAAAACCACAGUGCACGGGCAAGGAGCAAUUAAGAAAUUAUGAACAAGAAGGAUUGGUACCUUUCGUUGUGGAUGCUGUUUAUGCAAUGGCUCAUGGGAUUCAUAAUCUGAUUGAGGACGUGUGUGUCGAAACCGACGAAUCCGAACAUUAUUUAUGUGACAGUUUGAAACCUGCACCCCGGGGGCAACAACUUUUGCAAUAUAUUCGUAACGUCACUUUUAUAGGUCGACAAGAGACUGAAAUUAGAUUUAACGCCGAUGGCGAUGCCUACGGAUAUUACAACAUUUAUCAAUAUCAACGUGGUGAAGAAGGGCGAUUCAAUUAUACGCUGAUUGGCACUUGGAAAGAAGUGUUUCCUUUCAGUAUACCCUCCAUGAAAAAAACAGAACACAAAAAUGCUACCAGUGGAAAAGAUUCUUUUGUGGCUUCAUAUAACAGAUUGGACUUCGAUGUCAAUUUGACUGAAUGGGUUACCGGUUCUGGUGAGGUUCAUAUUCCCCGUAGUACUUGCAGCGAUGAUUGUCCUUUGGGACACGUUCGUAAUUUUCAAGAAGCCUGCUGCUGGAGCUGUGUGCAAUGUCCUCAAGAAGCUUUCGUUUUUAAUGACUCGUGUCAAAGGUGUGCUGAUGGUUAUGCACCAAAUGAUAAUAAAACAAGUUGUAUAAAAUUAACACCUGAGGUUAUUCCCUGGACGAGUCCUUGGGCAAUAGUUCCUCUCGCUUAUGCUUCUAUUGGAAUUUUCAGUACUCUCUUUACAACUGCAGUUUUUAUUCGGUACAACAGAACUCCAGUAAUCAUGGCCUCUGGUCGUGAACUCUGCUACGUGCUUUUGGUUGGUAUCCUUUCCUGCUAUGGGAUGAGCUUCAUAAUUCUCAGUAAGCCAACAUUCUGGAAUUGCACCUACUUGCGAAUUGGUCUCGGUCUCUGCUUAAGCAUUUGCUAUAGUGCAAUUCUAACAAAAACCAACCGCAUAUCCAGAAUUUUCAACGAGGGUCGUCAAAUGAAAAGACCUUCAUUCACUUCACCGAAAAGUCAAGUGGCAAUCACUAUCGGGCUUACUGCAGUUCAAUUGGUUGGUGCUAUUUUUUGGCUAAUAAUUGAACCACCGGAUAUCAAGGAAAUUCAUCCAUAUCCCCUGACAGCAGUACUUACAUGUCGUGUAUCAACUUUCUCUCUUAUGAUGUCAUUGGUCUACAAUAUGUUUCUCAUUCUUAUGUGUACAUUAUACGCAUUCAAGACACGAAAAAUUCCAGAAAAUUUUAACGAAGCUAAAUAUAUUGGAUUCACGAUGUAUUCCACCUGUAUCGUGUGGUUGGCUUUCGUUCCAAUUUAUUUUGGAACCAAUAAUGACUAUAAGAUACAGAUAGCUAGUAUGUGCAUGUGCAUCAACAUCUCAGCGACUGUUGCUCUUGGCUGCCUUUUAUCUCCGAAGGUGUACCUGGUGCUAUUUCAACCUUACAAAAAUGUCAGAUCCGGUCAAUCUCAUGCAAGUGCCACUCAAGGUGCCCAACGGCCAGGUUACAGUAUGCGGUUUACAGCGGGUCGGAGUCAGACAAUGCUGAGUGUAACAUCGGGUUCGAGAAGCAGCCCACCGCCCACUCUACCUCGUGCAGGUUCACGUAGCGGAGGUGAACCAAAGCACGCAAAUGGUGAGCCACAACGGAGCCUCGCCGCAAGCCCUUCCAUUGAGGAAACAUCCCUUAGCUAGGUCGCCCUCGUACAUCUCCCUCUCUGUCUGGAGCAUCAUGCCACUGGCGCGGAUAGCCAAAAGAUGCACAAGACCGAGAUGGAGGUGUAUGGGGUUAAAAGAACUGACGAGCAAGAUGACUAUAAACUCUCCACGGUGCCUGAGCUUCCUGAAUUCUCCAGCCCACCCUCCCAAACUCUCAAGUCCAAUCAGGAUACCGAGGACUACAGAAAUGGUUCUUUCACCAACUCCGUCGCUGAAUCCCUGGAGAAUGUUGACAUGGAAAUCAUUUCCAGUAUUUCGGAGAAGGUGGCUGCAAGAACAUCGCCAGUGGACUAUUCCUUUGAGGAUCAAAUCCAACAAAUGUCAAGUUCGUCACCAACCUUCUCCAAAAUUCCCACCCAAUGAGAGUAAGAGAGAGAGAAAGAGAGACAACUAAUAUUUAACGUCCGUUUUAGCGAAAUGACGACAGUUCUCAGGGAAUUCCAAUCAAGAACUUUGAACAUUUCAUGAAAUUGAGAAAUUUAUCUUCAUAUCGAAACCCUGAGAUCUUUCUAUAAUAAGAAAAAAAAAAAUCUUUCAAGACUGUAUUUCCAUCUAUUUUGACAUUUAAUGUCAUUUACAAAAUUUUGAAAAUGCUCCCAAUGCAUUUUUAAAGACUAAAACAAUUUUUAAGAAACAAUUUUAAAAAAGUAAGAUCCCGUCUUAUAGAAUGUUUUAUUAGAGAAAUACAAUUUUCCGCCAAAUGAGACGACAGAUUUAAAAUUUAAAUCAUUUUUUCUUUUAAAAAAAAUUCUCCAUUUAAUUAAAACUUUUAUCGAUAAUGUUGAAUGCAGUCGAUUUUGUUUUUCAACAUGCGACAUAUUUUUUUUCGAAUUUAGUUAAGCCUUUUUCAAUACGGUAAAAAUUUAUUGAUACUGUGAAAAUAUUGGUUUUCUUUUUCAUUUUACAGAUUCUAUAAAGCUUUGAUAACUUGCAAUUUUAUACCGCAAGGUAGUAUCAAUAUUUUUUUCCCCUGCGCUUUAUUGUAAACAAUCAACUUAGAAUGAACAACUAUCGUUUGUCUAAAAGUUUAAAAUAGAUUUCAAGAUCGCAAUAUAUAUAUAUAUAAAUUUGAGAAACACAGGCUAAAGUUAUAGAAGAACGAAUAAGUGUUGCAACCAUGCGUUAAAGUAUGUCUUCCAUUUUUCUCUUAAAAUUCUAUUUCAAACUUGUUACGGAUGUUGUGAAAUUAUUCAGAAUCGUAUAUCCGCUUUGUUUCUCUGAAACUUAUUGUUAGAAUAUUUAUUUACGAUCGACAUUUCACUUUUUUUUUAAAUUCAUCUCAAGACAUGAAUUUUAAUUUAGAAUUUUUGCUCCUUUUCACUAAAUUCAAAUUUCUAUUUUUAAAUCAGGGCGAUGAGAAAAAAAAUGAGACACUUUCUAUUAACAAAAGUAAGUUUUUUUUUUGCAAUGUAUAUGAAAAGUAGUAUGACAUUUCAGUGAAUUCAGAAAGCUUGAAAGCAAAUAAGGGAAAUUCUGACGUCACACGAGAAAUCAAUAGGUAACUUGAUCCAUACACUCGUAUCGAUGUCUGCUGCCAUUAUAAACCUACCCUCAAAAACCCAUAUCGACAUUUCACAUGGUACAUAUUUCAAUACUCCAAUCGUCAUGGCAAAUAUAAACUCUCUUCGUUCAAAAAAAAAAAAAAGAAAAAAAACAUUCCCACGAUCAGAAAAAAUAUUUACCAAAACUCUCAUCUCUAUUCUACAGAUGGUUAUUUUCUGAAAAAGAUUACAUGUGACACUUUAACAGCUUCUGACAUCUUCAUCUCGACUAUUUCAAUAUUUGCCAAGAGUUUUCAUUCCAUGAAGAAUGGAUCCGAAUCAAGUCAAUUACAACUUUUCUUUAACAUUAUAUAUGAAACUAUUUCUCGUUUUCCUCUCUAUUAUACAAUUUUCUGAUAACAAAUUUGUUCAGCAUUAUCGAAUUUUUUUCUCCAUUAAAUAAUUAAUUUCACACUUCUAAAGAAUUAAAAUGAAAUUUUUUUUUCAAUAUUAUGUUGAAAAAUUUUAUUCAGAAACAUUUUAUUAACUCAAUUUUAGGAAAAACUUCAUAAAAAUUUAUUUCAUUUAACGAAUUGGGGAUAUUAUAAUCUUUAUGCAAAGUUAAACUAUAUAACUAUGAGGAAUUCCAUUAAAUUGGAAUUUGUAAAAUCAAAUUAUUAACUAGUUGCAUCACCACGUAUUUCGUAUGAAACAAAACUUUAUACUCCAAACUCGAGGCAAUCACUGUACCAUAAUAAACUAGCCUUCGGUGAAAUCAGAUCGAUGUUAUGCUUGCGUAGGAAGUCUAUUUCCAAUUGAUCAUUAUUGGAAUGCAACAACAAUUCAUGUCUAUAUCUCCGGCAUCAUUAGCUGAUUCUAUUUGGUAUGACCAAACGUCCCUGCAAUGUCUCCACUUUUCAUAUAUAUAUAUAGCAUAUAAUUUUCCCUCAAAGAACAAAUUUUCUUUCUACAUUAAAAAAAUUUGUGUCUCUUUCUAUCAAUUAAAAAAAGAGAAUUUUUUCUUAUUUCAAAAUUAUUAACACUUUCUAUUUAUCCAUUAAAUCUUAAUUUUCCAAAACACAAAAAAUUUAAUGAUUCAAAUUUAAAACGUAUUUAAAAAGAAAAUAAUUUCUUCGAAUUCUCAAAUAUAAUUAAUUAGUUUUAUUAAUUUUUAACUUAAAAAAAAACCCCGCGAAAGAGAAUAUUGAUCGUGAUGAUAUUGAGCCUGACAGUAAAACCGAGAGAAAAAAAAUACGAAAUACAAGAUUCGAUUUUAUUCAAAGAAUAUCUGCCACUGCGGCUUUAUUAAAGCAAACAGUGCAUAGACUGCAAUUUUGUACAGUUUUUGUAUUAAAACUCGCGGAACGUUUAACCAAACAAAGAGUGACUAUAUAAAAAGCGAUAAAAAAAAAAAUAAAAUUUUUCGCAAAAAAAAUGUUCAUAUCACAGAUCCUGAAUCAUAAAUUACACGUUUUUAAACAUAACAAAAUGUUUAGACAACCAAACAGUGAGUUUAAAAUAUUGUUGUCCCAUUUUUAAUAAAUCCUUUCUAAAUUCUGUCAGUAUUUUUUAAAAUAAUUAGUAACUAAUUAAAUUGAUACUUAUUUAAUUUUUCAACAGAUAAUUAUUUUUAGUCAUUUUUUUUUUUAAUAAUUUUGUUAUUCUAUCAGGUUUUAUUAAUUUCAUUAAAUUCAAUAAUAUUAGGAAUAAUUUUUUAAGUUAUGGAAAAAAAUUUAUAUUUAUCGUUAAUGAGAGAUUAAAUUUUUCUAUAUAUUAUAUAAAUAAAAUUUUUAUUUUUAAAUUCGAUUGUGAAGAAAUAUAUUUUUAUUAAUUAAAAAUAUAAUUAAGUAUGAAACACUAUACUUACUAUUUUGAAAAUACUUUCGUCUCGUUAAAUAAUUCACAGUGAUGAAAUGAAAACAAAAAUAUUAUGAAAUCUACUUUAAAAAAAAAAAUCUCAUGUUUGAAGCUAAUUAUCUAAAAAAUAAUUACAUGUGUAAAAUAAAUUACCUGUUAUCUACUACUCGUCAUUUUCGUGAAAUAAAAUAUAAAAAAAAAAUUAUCAACUUGCGGCACAAAAAGAAUUGUUAGAUAAGGCAUUGUUCAAGUCCAAUAAAGGUCUGACAACAAAUAUUUCAAUCUCAAAAAUCAUUAGAGAAACACUAUAAAUUUUAUGUUGUAAUAUCGAUAAUUAAAUAUUAAUUGAAAAAAAAAAUUAUCUUCAUUAUUAUAUAAUUGUGUAUUUUAAUAUUCAAUUCAAAAAUUGAAAUUAUAAAAUUGAUUAAAUUUUAAGUGAAAAAAUUGAUAAAUCAAAAGAUAAUCGAGAUUUUUUAAAAUACUAAAUAAAAAUUAUAUUUAUAAAGCAAGUGUUUCUCGAAAUUAGACGCAUACAUGAAAAUAAUUUUUUUGUUUUUAUCGUUAAUAAAAUAAAAUCAUAGUACAAGCUAAAGUCUAUUCUAUAAAUAUAAGUAAAAAAAAUUGUACAUAUUAUUAAUUAGUUGGAAAAUAAAAUUACUGUCGAUGAUUAUAAUUAUUAUAACACUCGAGAGACGAACAAAAUCAAUUGUAAAUAUAAUCAUAAUAAUUAUAAUUAUAUCAAAAUAUGUAAAUACUGUCAUUUUUGGAUAUUUUAAAUAUUUUUUUUUUCUAAUUCUUUCAAAAAAGUAGAGAACAAAAUUUUAAAAAAUCUAGAAAUUUUAAAGAAAAAUUUUUACUAUUAAAUUUAUUGACAAUUAUUUUAAUAUACUUUCACUUGAUAUUUAUUUAUUAGUGAACUAUAAUAUAAUCACUUUUGUAAAUAAAAUGAAAGACUAUGGGUGAUGAAACUGAAAUAGCAUUUAGGCCUCUUGAUUUUCAAGUGGCUUAGUUUUAAUUGUCGAUAUAAAAAUAAAAAAAAAAUACAAUGAGGAGCAAUCUUUGUAAUUCAAGACUUUAGCAAAUUAAACUCUAUAUUAUACUAAUAAUUAAUUAUAUAUAUGGAAAAAAAGUCAUACAGCUUAACCAAAGAAAAUGGAACAUAAAAGAAAACGCCAAAAGAAAAUUCUUUAAAAAUUUUUCUGUACAGAUUCCAAAUCUGUCAGAUAUGUUUCGAGAAAUAUAAUUAUACAAUAUAUUAAAUAAUAUAUACGUAUAAGGGAUAUAAAAAAAUAAGUUAAAUUCAUAUAAUGGUUGAUUGUUAGAAAUGCCAAAGAAUGAAUAAUCGCAAAAUAUUGUUACCAUAUUGGCAGUAUUAAUAAAGUCAGUGUUACAAAAUCUAUAAGCAUAAAAUAAAUAAUUAUUCGUAUACUCUAUGUAUUAUAAAGUCUUGUUGAAAAAUAUUUAUUUAUUUAUUAAUCUUAUUAAUCUCUAAUUUAUUAAUCUUCAUAAAAAAAAACAGUAUAAAAUUUUCUUUUUAUUUAACAGUCAGUCUUUAUUUAUUAUUCUUUUUAAUCAUAGUUUAUAAUGUAAAUUUAUUACAUAAUUUCAUUAAUUAUAAACAAAUAUUUGCUUCAAGUCAUUAUCUUGUUACGAGUUACGAAUUACAACUGAAGUAUUCUAAAUAAAUAUAUAUAAUUAUAUUAUAAAAAAUAUUGCAGUCCUACUAUAACAAAAUAGUUAAAUAACACGUUCAGCGAGAAAUCAAUAUAAAGUGCACGUUAAUGUGUUUAAAAAAAAAAAUUAUUGUUUUUAGAUAUUGAAAAUUAAUACGCGUGAUACGUAAAAUCGAAAUUCUUAGGCUGUUAUCACUUAAUGUUUAAGUCGAAUGUUAAAAAAAAUUGUAUGAAUGCACGAUAGAUAUGUUUAUAAAUGUAACGUAUAAAUGUAAAUGUUAUUUAAAAGAAAAAAUGUUUAGCAUAAAAAAAGCAAAAAUUAACUGCAAUGAAAUGGAAAAAUGCUUUAGACGUUACAAAUAAAUUCCUUGAGGUAAUUUAUUUUUUCAAUAAAUCAAUAUUAAAGAAAAUGUUGAAAAAUAAUUUCAAACACAUAAUAAAUUGCCUCAAUUGAACAGUGUAAUUUUACGUGAUUUUAAAUUCAAAGCGCACGAUUUUUGUAAUGUAUUGUACAUAAAAAAAAAAUUAGAGAUCAAAUUCUUUAUAAUCAAAAGAAAUUUUACAAUAACAUCCAAAAGUAUUGUGUUUGUUAAAUUUCAGGAACAAAAAAAAAAUCAUAAAAAACGCGAGUAUAUUCACGUAGAUAAUAAACUUCAUACGCAAUUUAAAAGAAAAAAAAGGUUUAUCCUACAAAGAUGUAUUACAGCGAAUUAAGAGAAUAAAUUUAAGAUAAUGUUAUAAGAAAACUGAGUGAAUGUAAAAUGAAGAAAAAAAAAUGGAUGUUAAUAGAAAUUACGAAUCGCUCCUCUAUCAAAUCUCACAUGAAAAAAAAUUGAAACAAAAAAAAAAUUGUUAAAUAUUGUUACUAAAAGUGUCAUUAUCUUUGUACACAAAAUGAAAGCUCGCACUUUAGAGAGCGAAAGUCGAUACUCAUUUUUAGUACAUAUGUGGUUGUAGAUUUUUAGAUAAUCGCAAACUCGAAAUUAGUUAGUCACCUCGAAAUUGUUUCCUUUCCUUUUGUAAAUAUACAAAUUCAUUAUCAACUAUGUUUACUUCAACUUCUUUUCUUUACAAUUAAGUCUCUUAAUAUAUAUAUAUAUAUAUAAUAAACACAAAAUUUGAAAAAUAAAAUAAUAUAAUUAUGUUUCCUAAA